AAUAUCACUAUUUUAUUCCUUCAAUUCUCCUCCCACUUUGAGACCUAAUUCUUCUGCAAAUCUUCUGAUAAAACUCUCACUCACACUCUCUCUUCUCUUCUCCUUACCCAUCCCUUCUUUCAUAAACAUAUAUUUUUUCUUUCUAUAAUUAUUCAAACUUAUAGAUAGGGAUGGACAUUGAGUUCAUCAAGAAUGGCGGCGAAGAUCAGAUGGAAAUGAUGCUGAUGCAGAUGGAGAAGCUCCCCGAUUUAUCGGGGGCCUACGCCGACGUCAACGACCUUCCCAUAAUCGACUUCGCCCCUCACAAUCAACUUACCGACUUCCAAAACCUACAUGCUUCCUCGCCGCCGCCGCCGCUCCACCCGGCCUCCACGAUAUCCUUCAGCGGGCAGUUCCAGCCGGGGGAGGCGGCGCAGAAGCGGAGCUCCAUGGCGGCGAUGCGGGAGAUGAUAUUCCGGAUAGCGGCAAUGCAGCCGAUCCACAUCGACCCGGAGUCGGUGCGGCCGCCGAAGCGGCGGAACGUGAGGAUAUCGACGGACCCGCAGAGCGUGGCGGCGCGCCACCGCCGGGAGAGGAUAAGCGAGCGGAUCAGGAUCCUGCAGAGACUGGUCCCCGGCGGGACCAAGAUGGACACGGCGUCCAUGCUCGAUGAGGCCAUCCAUUACGUCAAGUUCUUGAAGAAUCAGGUGCAGUCGCUCGAGCGGGUCGCCGCCAACCGCCCGCCGCCGCCGGGGAUGGGCUUCCCGGUGCCCAUGUCGAGUGGGAGCUAUUUCCCGGUCGCCGGGAAGGGUUAUCAUCAGGCGGCCAACGUGCAGCAUCUGGCGGAAUGAUAUUUACAUUUGUUAAUUAGUACUUAAUCAAUGGAGUUAUUUCUAAUUUGAUGCUUAGUUGUUGUAAAGGAAGAGGCCUCUUUCUCUAUCAUUGCCAAAUUAUAUGUCAUGCAUGUGUAUUCUCUGAGAAAUAAUACUAGUACAAUCUUUGGCAUCUAUACUC